AUGACCUCAUGGCCUCGACAGACUCAACCCUCAGCUGACCUCAGUGCACAUGAGGCCCGUCAAGGCGUUGCGCUCUUCGUGGCCACUCCGAGAGUCGAGUAUCAUUGGGACCUCAUUCAUCGAUACUCGACGCUCUCAAAACUCAUCCGAGUCACCGCUUUGUGCUCUAAGGUCAUUUCAAGAUUGAGGAGACAAACUGACUCACCACUCAUUUCGCGAGACGACAUGGAGGCUGCUAAAGUCUUUUGGAUUAAGGCCACUCAAGCAGCGUAUUUCUCACACGAGCUACGCUCAUUGAAGUCAAAUAUUCCACUACAAAGAACUCACGUUUUUUCUCGAUUGACCGCCUUCCUUGAUCACGAAGGCGUCAUUCGGGUCGGUGGUCGGCUCAACUUGUCAACACUCAGUCCGGAGACUAAGCACCCAGCCAUAUUGCCUCGCCACUCACGCCUAUCAACACUCGUAAUCGACAAUUCUCAUCGUCGCACAUUACAUGGGGGCACUCAACUCACUCUGGCUGACAUUCGCCAGUCAUACUGGAUACUCGGAGGCAGAGCUCCAGUGAAAACUCACAUUCUCCAUUGUGUAAAGUGCGCACGUCAGCGAGGGAUUCGCGCUCAACAGCUGAUGGGUCAGCUGCCUGUUGCUCGUGUCACCCCAUCUCGCCCAUUCACUCACACUGGAGUCGAUUACGCAGGGCCACUCACACUCAAGACCUGGAAAGGGCGAAGUGCAAAAACAAUGAAGGGUUGGAUUUGCGUCUUCGUGUGUCUCACAACUUCAGCAGUUCAUCUUGAAGCAGUCAGUGAUUAUUCAACUGAUGGAUUCAUCGCUGCAUAUCGACGCUUCGUCUCAAGACGAGGCAUUCCAGGCACACUCUACUCAGACUGUGGAACCAACUUCGUAGGCGCUGAUGCAGCUCUGAAGCGAAUGGUUACUCAGUACACUCACGAAAGUCGUCAAAUUGCCUCACUGCUGGCUGUUGACGGCACUCAAUGGCACUUCAACCCUCCAGCCACUCCUCACAUGGGAGGAAAGUGGGAAGCAGUGGUAAAAUCAAUGAAGUAUCAUCUCAGACGCAUAGUAGGAGAGACUGUGCUGACAUUUGAGGAACUCACAACCAUGCUUUCACAAAUCGAAGCAGUGUUGAACUCACGACCGCUAGAAGCACUCAGCGACGAUCCAGAGGACGUAUCAGCACUCACUCCUGGUCAUUUCUGGACUGGAGAUGCUCUAUCAAGUUUGCCUGAGCCAUCGCUGACUCACUUAAACAUCAAUCACCUCUCUCGUUGGCAACUCAUUCAACAAAAGAUUCAAAACCUUUGGUCUCAGUGGUCAGCUCACUAUCUCCAGCGUCAACAAUCAAUUUCGAAAUGGCAUCAUCCAUCAAAUGAAAUCAAAGUGGGAUCACUCGUGCUCAUCACAGAUGAAAGAUUCUCGCCAGGCAAGUGGCCUUUGGCCAGGGUCACUGCUCUACACCCAGGUGGGGAUGGACUCAUCAGAGUGGUCACACUCAAAACAGCCUCUUCGACACUCACUCGGCCGAUCGCGAAGCUCGCGCCUCUGCCCUCGCAACAACAAGACGUCUCAAACUAG